ACACACACACACACACACUGGGGUUAAGAUAAUAUGGACAAGCAUCGUAGGCCGUUUUCCAGGGAGUCUCCAAGUUUAAAGGCAUUUCAUUAUAAUUGCUAUGACGUCAGACUGUCCAUCCAAUUUAAUCGGACUAAAAACAACAACAAGAAAUUCGUUCAGUUCAGACAGACAGAGAGAGAUAGGACAUUCGGACUGUCCAGUGAAGAAGACCAACCAAUACAACUGUGUCAAACAGUUUCUUGGCAACGCGAGCGUUCCAGUCCACUCCGGCCCGUCAACAACAGGACAGUUGUAAAGGAUGUUGCCGUGCCGCUCCCUCCCUCUGUCUAUUCUCUUGCUCCUCCUGGUUGUUGCCGAUGCGGGCCUGUGCGUUGCUGUCACGACCCAGCUGCACGGUGGUUUCCGUGGCUGCGCGGUGCGGGAUUUUUCCUUCGUGGCCCAGAAGCCGGGAUGCAGGAACCUCCGCAUCGAUACGGAGGCCUGCUGGGGCCGCUGCCAUACCUGGGAGAAGCCGCUCCCAGAGCCCCCCUACGUCCAGCGGCAUCACCGUGUGUGUUCCUACGGUCGUACUCGCUACCUGACGGUCCGUCUGCCAGGCUGCCAGCCCCACGUCUCUCCGCUCUACCCCUACCCCCUCGCUCUGCAGUGUCACUGCACCGUCUGUUCCACACAGGAUACGGAGUGUGAGACGUUCUGAUACCAACUUCUGUGUGUGUGUGUGUGAAAAGAUUUAAGGUUGAUUUAAGCAAUGAGGCCCGAGGGGUUGUGGUAUAUGGACAAUAUACCACGGCUAAGGGCUGUUCUUAAGUACGACGCAUCGCGGAGUGCC